AUGAAAUGCUGUUGUAAAUCAUCGACAAAGACAGGAACUAUCAAUAAAAAAAGUAAACAGGAGGAGAAUAUUGAAAAGAAAAAAUCAGUUAAUUAUGAUAAUCUCCCAAUUGAAACCCGUACAUUAAAUGAUGGGUCUAUUUACGUUGGAACUACACUAGAUGGAAUGAUACAUGGUAAGGGGGUUUUAAAACACAAAAACGGUGAAGAAUAUGAAGGUGAAUUUUAUAAUGGGAAAAAAGAUGGAAUGGGGAAAUGGAAAGAUUUAGAAGGAAAUACUUAUGAGGGACAGUGGAGUAAUGACAGAAAGCAUGGCCAUGGAAUAUAUAAAACAAAAGAAGGUUUUAUGUAUGAUGGAGAGUUUGAAUUAAAUAAAAGACAUGGAUUAGGAACUAUAAUAACGCCUGAUAAUACAAAAUAUACAUGUACUUUUGCUGACGAUGUCGAAUUUGGAGAGGUAGAAUUUUUUUUUGCAAAUGGAGAUCAUGCAUUGGGUUAUAUAAAUGAUGGAUAUUUGCAUAAAAAUGGAAGAUAUGAAUUUAAAAAUGGAGAUAUUUAUGUUGGGAAUUUUGAGAAAGGCCUUUUUCAUGGGAAAGGGUAUUAUAAAUGGGCUGACUCAUCGCAGUUUUCUUAUUAUGAAGGUAAUUAUUUUCAAGGAAAAAAACAUGGAAAUGGAAUGCUUACCUCUAUUGAUGGCACAAUAUUAUGUGGUGAAUUCAAAGAUAAUUUUAUAGAUGGAGAAUUUUUAACUAUUAGUCCUCAGGGAAUUCAAACAAGAGUUUUGUAUUCAAAAAACAACCAUGUGAAAAUUUUAGAAAAAUUCGAAGAAAAAAUAAAUAUAAAGGAAUUUUACAAUCAAACAGAAAUUAAUACUACCAUUUUUUCAGACCCAGAGUAUUACAAAAAUUUAUAUAAAAUACCAGAAAGAAAGAAAGCCAUAUUUCGAAUUCAAUUAAAAAAUCCACAAAUAAAAAAAAAAUAG